UGCGGGGCGGAGUGUGUCCCCGCCGCUUGUCGUGCGGGGAGGCGGGCCGGGGGCCGGCUGAGAUGGGAGAGAGCAUGUCCAAGAGACUGAAGCUGCAGCUCGGCGGCGAGGCGGAGAUGGAGGAGCGGGCUUUCGCUAACCCCUACCCCGACUACCAGCCCCAGGGAGCCGCGGCCGCCCCCAGCGCGGCGGACACCCAGCGGGACAGAGCGCCGCUCCCGGCGGAGGACGAGUCCCUCCCCUUCGGCGCCGAUGGGAAGGUCAGUGCUCGGUUCUCAAAACGGAUCCAGGCAAAAAUCAAGGACCUUCUGCAACAAAUGGAGGAAGGGCUGAAGACAGCAGAUCCACAUGACUGCUCUGCCUAUACUGGCUGGACUGGUAUUGCCCUCUUAUAUCUUCAACUGUACCGCGUGACGAAAAACCAGAGCCAUUUGCAGCGAUCUCUUGAUUAUGUGAAGAGAAUCCUUCGCAAUCUGAACGGCAGAAGAGUUACCUUCCUCUGUGGUGACGCUGGGCCAUUGGCAGUGGGUGCAGUGGUUUAUCACAAGCUGAAAAUCGACAGUGAGUCUAAAGAAUGCAUUGCCAAGUUGUUGCAGCUACACAGGACAGUCAUAAGCACAGAUGCUGAACUUCCAGAUGAGCUGCUUUAUGGCAGAGCAGGUUACCUGUAUGCCUUGCUGUACCUAAAUACUGAAAUCGGUCCAGACACUGUCCCACAGUCUGUUAUCAAAGAGGUAAUAGAUGCUAUUAUUGAAUCGGGGAAAAACUUCUCGAAGGAGGAGCGGAAGACAGACCGUUGUCCUCUGUUGUACCAGUGGCACAGGAAGCAAUAUGUUGGAGCAGCCCAUGGAGUGGCUGGGAUCUAUUACAUGCUCAUGCAGCCUAUUGCAAAUGUGAGCCAGGAGACACUGACAGAGCUGGUGAAGCCAAGCAUUGACUAUGUGCGUCAUAAGAAGUUCAGAUCUGGGAAUUACCCAUCGUCACUGAGCAAUGAGACUGACAGACUGGUUCACUGGUGCCAUGGUGCCCCCGGAGUCAUCCACAUGCUCAUGCAAGCUUACAAGACUUUUAAAGAUGAUAAAUACUUGAAAGAUGCUAUGGAUUGUAGCGAUGUCAUCUGGCAGAGAGGUUUAUUGAGAAAAGGAUAUGGGAUCUGCCACGGUACAGCUGGCAAUGGCUAUUCCUUCUUGUCUCUCUAUAACCUAACUCAGGACAAAAAGUACCUCUACCGAGCUUGCAAGUUUGCUGAGUGGUGUUUGGAGUAUGGUGCACAUGGGUGUCGUAUUCCUGACCGACCUUAUUCUCUGUUUGAAGGCAUGGCUGGAGCUAUUCACUUCCUCUCAGAUAUUUCAGUACCGGAGACUUCCCGUUUUCCAGCAUUUGAACUUGGACCUCAGAGGAGGGAAAACAAAGUGGAACAGGACAGUUAAAACAUCGUUUUGGAAGGAAACUGAUGCCAAAAGCGAUGAGACUGUUCAGUGCCUCUGAUACCGAACCAACUCGACCCUGAACUGACGGAUGGAUAAACCCCUUUUCUCACCCCACCCCUGCCCCAGAGGACCAUGAAGUCAUUGGAGCAUGAACGGGAGAAGCCACAUUUCAGUUCUGUUAAAGUGACAGCUUCAGACGUAGGACAAGAGAAGUCAAGUUUUGAACUCUCUCUCUACUGUUGUAUUUGUCUUCUUCAGGUCUCUGACAUGCUCUGCAUGUUUAUAGGUGUUGUGUGUUGACUCGAGUCUUUUGUUGUUAGCAAAAAGCUGGUCUCUUGUGUGAAUCUCUGUCCUGUACCUUUGUGCAUGACUCACAACAGCACUGUUGCCUUCUGCAGCGUGGUUAUCCAGAGAGCUCCACCUUAUGCCAGAGUUUGCUGCAGGACAGUGCCCACCUUCACUGCUGAGCUGGCAACUUCUAAAGAGAUGAAAAACAUGUUCAUGUUCAUAUUUUUCUGCAUUUUUCUCCAUAGUUCCUAGAAGUUAAAGUGAUGGAGAUCAGCCUUUCUUGGUGAAGAGGUAUGUUUUCAGAGAAGUUUAAAGGGACAAGAAUCGUCUUCUGCUGCUAUUGCAGGAGGGUUUUGCUGAAAGUCUGAAAAUGAGGUUUCCUUUGGUACCUGCACCUGUUUAGUGUGUUAGGCACGUAGAACAGGAUGGGGAUGCUUGUCCCCACCUCUGCAAAGCCACAGUCCAUGGCACAAGAUUCAGCUGGAGGUUUAGUCAUCCAUGGGAACCUCCCACUGCCACCAGCAGCAGAGCAAGGACAGCAUUAACUGUGCUUCUCCUCUCCUGUACAUGGCUUUCUAACAGGCCUGUCCUGCAGCAUCUAGUAUCGAAUGAGUAAGGGAGGGGGUCAGGGCAGUUUCUCACCCUGGUAACUCAGGAUGGCUGUGGCUUCUGAACCAAGGCAGUGAUUUGUUCUGGGCCAUUCCCUCCCUCUCCCAGCCCAGCUGCGUUUAGCCCAUGUAGUAUGACAGGAGCGAUAAAUACCAGCUGCUUGUGGAGGCCACAGAAGAUUAAUGAGCGCUACGAAACCAUUGCUAGAGGCUGUAAUUGAUGUUUAUUUCAUCUUAAAAUCCAAACAGAAAGAGCCCUUUGCCCUUAGUUUUAACUGUGCUGCUGGUGCUUUGCUUCCCAUUGUAGUGUGGUGGGGCUGUGAAAUACUAGACCUGCCUCCCAGUGCUCCUGAGGCUCUUGGUUUGGGAGAAGUAGGACACACUCUGAGUACACUUACAGCAGGCUUAUAUGUGCUGGAUAGAUAGAUAGUAAAUAUACUUACUGCUCUCACCUGCUCAAGCUCUGUUGUCAUCCUUCCCCCAGCUCUCCUUGUGCUCUGUCAUUCCAGGUGCUUAUUUUAAUGGAUAUGUGACCUGUGGGCCAUCUGCUGAGCUCCAGUGUUUCCAGACAGGCUUGGAAAUGCAGUGUUGCCUAAGUGACUUCCUUGAACCUUACAGAGUCUGUUCCCAAAUCCCUUUGGAUGUUAAUCAUCUCCACAUUCAGUUCUGCCUGUGCAGGGAUAGCUUAAUGUCACAGUGUGACUCCUCCUGGUGUGUCAGGUAGGACUAAAACACCAGAGCAGCUUGGGCAAAGAUGAGGUGUGAGACACCAAACCCAGCUGUGUCUGUACAGCCUGGGGCGAGGGAAAAGACAGCAGGAGCAAGGGAUGCUCCAGGGCAAGGAGCUGGGGUGAGGCAGACCUGAGCAGAGCUGCAGCAAGCAGUGAGGGACAGGGAGAGCAAAGCACAGAAUGAACCACCAGAGCCCAUCUCAAAUGAGAUGUUCCUCCAUGGCACAGGCCUGGCUCUGUGUUCCUUUUCUCAGCCUGUGCAUCACUGAUCCUGCCCAUAGGUAAAGCCAGGGAGGAACCUUGCCCAGGGUGAGGUCUCCCAGAUUGUAACAAAGGAGGCAGGUGGCAGCUCCCAUCCUGUUCCACAUCAACCCACCCCUUCUUUUCUUUCUCCUCCACAGCUGGGGUGGAUUAACAGGAGCUUGGGGCAAAUCACAAGCAUGUGUUGUACGGACAGCUUCACUAGGGGGGGCAACAGGCAGGUGUUCAGUCAGUGACUGUAUAGAAAGAUAGAUAGAUAUAGAUAUAUAUAUAUAGAUAUAUACACACAUGUUGGCUGCUGAGCUUGGAAUGGCACUGGUGGGAGGUGAUCUUGGCUGGCUGGAGCCCAAGGGGAAUCAAAACUUGCUGGUUUAAAAAAUCCAUAUGCAUACACACACUUUGGGAGACCUGCUUGGUAUUAAACUCUUUGAAGAUGCUUGAGUGCACCCAUCAAACUAAGGAGCCAGUCAGCUGUCAGCUCUUUGUGUGCCAUAGCCAGCCUUCUGCUGUGCUGGGGCAUGACACUGACUGACUUCCUCCACAGAAUCCUCUUGGAAUUGAGCAAGACUGGAAAUGUAUCGAGUUGGGAAGUGUCUGACAAUGCAUCUGCAUCAUGAUGUGACUUCCCUGUGGCUCUUCCUUCCUGUUCCUCACAGUGCUGUGGGAAUCUGGGUGGCCAGUUAAGAAAGGGUAUUGUGUGAAGGUGAAAAGAGGCAUUUCACCAAGGCAUUGUUUUCACAAAUCACUUCAAACUAAAAAUGUGGAAAAUGUCUUAAUAUUCCCUGGUUUGCUUUGUCCGUGUGUAAUAGUCUUACCUGUUGCAAAACGCAGUAGUGUUAAUAGUGGAGAUGCUCUUUGGGCAGAAAAGAGGAAAAAUGCUGAUGUUUUGUUCUUUGGCUUUAUUAGUAAAGAUCAAGCUGUGUGGUGGUAA